AUGUUGGUCGUUCUCCUAGUUGUGUGCAUUUUCAUGACGAAUGUCGGCGCCAGAGAUUGCUCGGAACGCUUCGCCAACGAAUGCGAGUGCUAUUAUUCAGGAAUGAAGAGCUGUUGUGCGAUCACCAUGUUUGAUGUAAUAGUGAAAUUUGCCAAACUCCAUGGCACAGAGCUAGCUUCACUUUCUGCUACAAAAGUGUCUGUGAACACGACCAGUCCAAAUAGGGAGCACCGUAAAAUUUCGAUAGACAGCCUUGAACUGCAUCCGAUCACAGAAAACGGACCAGCGAAACACGUGUCUUCACUACUAGGAUAUGAGAAAAUCGACUAUCGAAAA